AUGGGAUUUUCCAAUUUUCAUCUGGAGCCCUCUUGGGAAGAGGUGCAAACUGGGGUUCAGGUCGACUUUCUGGCGCCCACCGUAGUGUUUGAUCCUUCAGGUUGCAAACACUUGGUGAGGACAGCUGUUUGUAGGAAGCUUGUGGUUGUGAUGGGCACUUUGCCCGAUGCCCCAGCUUUCGCCUUGCUGGAUGUAACCAUGAAACAGAAGGAACCAUACCUUGCUGUUGAAGUUUUGGAUGGACAUGUCCUUGCUCACCAUAGGGCGCAGCCUUUCAUGUUCCAUGACGCAAUUGAAGUUUGCACAGGGAUUGGUUGCAUGGCACAAGGCCUUCAUGCCGCUGGAAUUUCAACCAAGGCCUCGAACGAACUCCGCAAACCCUUUUGUCAGCUCAUGACUGCUCAGGGAAAAAGGCACGUGAUCGAGGGAGACUUAGGUUCGAAUGCAACCAUUGCAGCCUUGCACGCUCUUCAUGGAUCACCAGCAUGGAUCACGUCGGGCUUUAGCUGUCAGCCGUGGUCAGCUUUGGGGGACAAACGCAAAACAGGCGAUGUUAGGGCAUCUUCUUUGGUCCAUACAUUGAAAGCUGCCUUCAUGCUUCAGUCACAUACCAUCCUUUUGGAGUGCGUUGAGGGGGCAGGUCAGGACCCUGAAGUUGGAAAAGUUUUGCAAGAGUUUUGUAGGAUCACAAGUUACCGCAAAUGCCACUCUGAACUGAACCUCAGCGACUUGUUGCCAAGCCGACGUAGGCGAUGGUGGUGUGUGUUAGCUGACAACUCCUUGCCUAGCUUUAGCCUGCAGCCAUUGCCAAAGCUGGUCCCUCCGCCAACUGUAGGAGAGCUUUUGCCAUCAAUCCCAAUUUGGCCAUCAAAGGAAAUCCAGCAGCUUGAGCUCGACAGGUACGAGGCAGGGAAGUUUCAGGAAUUCGGAGGGUUAGCUCAGAACCUGGUGACUUUGGACUCAGUAUGCAAAACAGCUCUGCAUGGUUGGAGCAAUCAACUUAGCGCCUGCCCUUGCACUUGCCGAAGCCAUCCAUUGAGUGAAGAAAGGCUCAGAGCCAAAGGCCUUUUUGGAGCCCUCAUCCCAACAGGAGGAACAGUCAUGACCCAUUUUGGGGAGCUUCCAGCCACACGUCAUAUGCACCCGUGGGAAAUCGGAUUGUUGAAUGGGAUGGACCCAUCACUGUAUUGGGGGGACAGGUUGCGUCUUGCUAUAGCUGCAGUAGGUCAGUUAGCAUCCCCAAUCCAAUCAUGUUGGGUAGCUUCACAGGUCAUGGCCCAUCGUGCAUUGCUGUUUGACUUGGACGUCAUGCAUCCGGUGCAUUGCUUGUGGAACCAUUUUGUAACCAUGUACAAAGGAGUUGAAGUCACUCAGCCUGCUAUUGCCGCGCAUCCGACUUUCCGCAAUUAUUUUGCCAGAGUCCAUGCCACACUGGCUGAUACGUAUGCAGUUGGAAUGGGACCCACCCAGAUUGCCCAGGCAGAAUCCAGUGAGAAAGGGUACAUCCAAGCUCCGGGACAACUGGUUCAGGAGAGUUGCAGCCAUGGACAGCCCCACAAUGGCCGAGCAGAUCCGACUAACUGCAAGCCUGAUGAAGCCCAGACUCCAUUUGACCACAGCAGGCCCUGCCCCGGAAUCCAGGCAACUCCGGGUUACCAAAAUGCCUGGCAGGUCUCAAGCCCCGGAAUCCAGGCAACUCCGGGUAACAAUAAUGCCUGGCAAAGUCAAGCCUUUCAAGAUGCACCAGAAGCCAUUUUGGCCAAAGCCACCGUGCCCCAGCAUCAACCUGCCAACGCAAGCCUGCCGAAUCCUAUUGCCAAGGAUGGAUCCAAUGAUGUUUUGACUGCCUCGAGUCAUUUUAUCCCAAGCCCCGGAAUCCAGGCAACUCCGGGAACCAUGAAUGCCUGGCAUCCUCAAAGCCCCGGAAUCCAGGCCACUCCGGGUUACCACAAUGCCUGGGACUGCAGAAAGGAUUCAACCGACGACAACCCGCCUAAGCCAACGCUGAAGCAACAACUUUGCCCCGGAAUCCAGGCAACUCCGGGAAACCACAAUGCCUGGCCAUCUUCACGCCCCGGAAUCCAGGCCACUCCGGGUCAACAGAAUGCCUGGGAGCAGGGUUCCCCAGACCAGCUAGCCAACGGCAAGGCCCCCAACGCCGAAUGGGAACGUAUGCACAACGAGCUGAAGAAAGAACCCGGAAUCCAGGCCACUCCGGGUAACCACAAUGCCUGGCAAAACAAGGAAAAGAAAGUUGGUGAAGACGUUGUCGGUCAUGCCAAGCCUGUCCAGGGGCAAAACCAUGACCCCGGAAUGCAGGCAACUCCGGGUUACACAAAUGCCUGCCCAUGUCCAAGCCCCGGAAUCCAGGCCACUCCGGGUCAACAGAAUGCCUGGUAUAGUGAAAACAAGGAGGGCGCCAAUGCAGCAGCAAGCCACCGAAACCACACGGACAAGAACCGAGCCACCAGUUCCUGCCAAGCACAACCAUGUGAACGACCAGCCUACCCACUUGCUGAGGGCCAAUUGGGUUGUGAGCACCUUGAACCCAUGGGUGACGUACCAGCAGACCGAGCUGCCGAACCCUUUUGUGAAGCAGCCAAGGCACCUAGCAUCCAGGCAACUCUGAGCCAAUCCAAUGCCUGGGAAGCCUCACGCCCCGGAAUCCAGGCCACUCCGGGUCACAAUAAUGCCUGGCCAACACCCCUCCAGCAUUGUCCCUCCAAUGCCAAAGAUGGAGGAAAGCAUAGCCCACAGGUCAUCUCCGAACAUCAAGUGAUACCUACCCUCCCAGAGACCCAAGCAAAGCAAGGGAACGAGACCAGCCAGCCCAAAGAGCCAGGUGAAAUCCAUCACCAUGACGCGCACAGCACACAACCUGCAGAUGCCUGCGUCAUCAACGGCUCCAGCAGUGGCCCCCAGCAUUUGUGCAAUGGGGCUGAACGUCCUGAUGAAUGGACCCCCCACAAGAGGACCAAACUUCACCAUGAGGAUGACAGACCAAAAUGUGGAGGAAUUGCCGCAUUUGCUACUGGAAUUCCCAGCCAAAAGCCAUCCCAUGCCACAGAUUCGGCAGCCACCACUGCAGGGAGCUCUCCUGAUCGAGGUAGCUUUUCCCAGGAACUUUUGGAAUGGGCCAAUGAAUUUGACCAAAUAACAGACCAAAAUGCCGAGGAACCAAGGGAAUGUGUGAACACUGCUGAUGAAGAUGGACACUCUGAGGCUGGCCAAUCCCUUCCUGCACAUACCAUCCAAGCCAAGGGAGAUACUACUGAGGUGCAGCUUUCCAAGCAUCCCGUCCAGGUCAUUCGUAUUGACGACACACAGCCGAACAUUAUCCAAGUUGAAUCGGAUGCGACAGUUGGCUCCAUUGCACUUGCAGAGACCAGAUUGCAUGUUUUCUCCCAACCUGUCAGGGCCAACACCAGUGUAGGCACUCAGCUGAAAUGUGGAGAAGCCACCACCCCGAUGCAGCAGAUUUAUCUCCGGGAAAUGCCAGGUUGUGGAAACUCCCAUUCAUGUAUUUCCGGUUGCAUGCCUGAUUUGCUAAGAUCAGAAGAGCCUUGCACGCGCCUCCAACUGCUCCACCACCAAGAAGGAUGGGUUGCACUGGAUGAAAUCACUUUCUACCUAGCCAUGCUCCAGGUAGCGGGUGUUGCCAAGGUAGGAGAAAUCAUGAUCAUGCCGGAGUCAACAUUGGAUGAAGAGAUGGAACCCAUGCUCCAGCAAUGGAUGUGUAGGUUGGCCCCUUUUGACGCAACACCAGGGACCAUUGUCACAACCUUGUGGGUAGACCACCACUGGUUUCCAGUCGCCAUCAAACUACACGAAGGAUCCAUGAAGGUCUUCACCACACCAGGAGGAAAAGACUGGCUUUUUCUUGCCACGCGGGGACUGGGAAAUCACAUCUCCAUCCACACAAUUGAUUGUGGAUCCACUUUCAACAAUGAUUGUGGAUUCCAAGCUGUAGGCUGGCUCAUGCAAGCAGCGUUGGACUAUGAUUUUGGUACCCAGGGAUUUAGGCACACGCCUGUACAGAUCGAGUCUGCAUGCACGUGGAGGUCCCUGUUUGAUCAUCACCUCAGAGCUUGCAACACCCACUUGGCUGCAUCAAUCCCAAGACACUUUAUCUUUGGGGGUGCGGGGAAUGGAGAACUUGCUGACAACCUUGCCAAGUUGCUCACCGACAGGGGUGUCCCUCCUGAGGCAGCUAAGGAAAGAGCACACCUGGUCAUUGACAAGCUGGGUCGCCAGGCCACCCUGAAAGCGAUGAGACUCUCUGACCCGUGGAGAGAAAUCAAGCAAUUGGCCAACCAACAGAUCCCGAAGUUCCAGAUUGUCCUUUCCAGUGAGCUUGAAGCAGCAAUCAAACUACGAGCGAGUCAGGACAAGCCAAUUGGGAACAAAGCGAAGAAGGUCAAGAACAAGAUCACCCAGAAACCUCUGAAGAUCACAUCGGCUGAUGUAUCAAUUCCUGACGGAGUGUUCCUGAACUCAGCCAACCAGAGCCUCACCCAAAUUGCCUCUGGCAGAAUUGGGCCCCAAGCCAGCGGAGUUGUUGUGUCAGCACAUGAAGCCAUCCCUUACCUAAAGGUGACCCAGGCAAUUUCCCAGAAAGCACUUGGACUCCUUGUCCUAGAUUACCAGGACCCCAUCCUGGAAGGGAUUGGCACCCAACUACGUUUCCCGGCCAAGUGUGAAAAGACAGGAGAAGCCAUCAUCCUCAUCGCUAGGUUGAUUCAACUAGGAACUGAUCAAGUCCAACGAGCUGCCCCAUCUGGACAUGUUCGAGUUGAAGAGGUCUCCAACCACGUUCUCCGCACUGUCACCUACAAGGAUGAGCUCACCCACCUUCCAUGGAAGGACUUCAUUGCAAGGCCCAUUAAGCAGAUCAUUGCCGACAUCCCAUGCCUCCAGCCGACCAAUGGGCAUAGCCCUAUUAUUGAUGUAUGGGAUAGACAGUUCCUGAACGACCGUCUUGAAAGGAUGCGGCCAGCAGAGGCCACUGUCUUCAGCGUCUGCUUUCGACUCGAGCAGACGGAGAUUGAGCGGGAACUCCAAAGGUCUGGACAGAAUGGGCACUACCUCGAACCGAGAACCAUCGAUGGGCGUGCACCAGACGCUGCCUACCGGGUCAUCUGGCUUAACAAAGCCGACAAGCAAGGCUCAACGAUUGCCUCCCAAUCCACCACUGAAUGGAACUGCAUUGUGCGAUCAGGCACCAGGUUUGGCCUUAGGGUACGAGCAGAGGAUGCGCAGAAGGUGCAUAUUCAACACAAACCUGCUACCCCCUACCUUGAGGGGGAGAAGCUCCUUCUUUUCCAUGCAGGCCCUUUCCCACAUGGAUCGAACAGAGCGGCGCUGUCCAAACUAUUCCAACAGUGGGGAUGGGCUGCGAGACCAUGCCAGCCCAAGUCAAGAGACCCAAGCGGACUUGGGGUGAUUUGGGAAGUUCAGGCAACAUGCCUUCCCCCUUAUGAAGUUUAUCAACUGCAGCAUUCUGACGUUCUCAUUUCUGAGAUUCCAAAGAAACAGGCCAAGCCAGCACCACCUGCCUAUGUCCAGGGAUCCGCCAAGACCCUUGCUGCCCUGCAGGGAAAAGCCAAGGAUGGAGAAGGCACUGACCCAUGGGAGCAAAAUGACCCUUGGGGUGGCUAUCAGACACCUGUCAAGGCACUGAAAAAGAGCGUCGAAGCACCCAGAAGUGAUCAGCUUGAUCUCAUUGCUGCCCAGGUUGCCCAAAGGCUGCAGAACACAGGCAAGCCGCCCCACCACCACAUGGACGAGGGCGAUACUCCGAUGGCUGAUGAGGAGAAAUGGGAAGGACUCGAGCAACGCCUUACAACCUUGGAGCGCAAUCUGCACGAGCAGCGUGAGAAACAAGACAGGCAACAUGCUGAGGUCAACACCCAAAUUGGCCAGAUCCAACAGCAGGUGGAUUCCCAAUCAGUCAACAUGCAGCAGCACCUGGACGCUAAGAUGGCCGAACAACUGGCGCACAUUGAGAGACUGCUCACUGCCUCUCGUGACCCGAAGAAAGGUGCCGCAGCUGAUCACAAUGUGCCACCACCCAGGCACAUGAUUGAGCAGAACAACCCCCAUCCCGGAAUCCAGGCAACUCCGGGUCAACAGAAUGCCUGCGAAAGUGAACCAAAGCCAAAAGGAGAACCCAGCCACAUGCCUGAUAACUGGGAACCUGGAGAUCACAUCCACCUUGAUGUCGUAUCACUCAUGGCAGCAGGAAAUCGGCACAGGUUAACACCAGCACCGCCUGUUGCAGUUUUUGACAACCCGGCAGCUACCCAUGACCCUGAAGGAGUAGAAUUCCCAGAUACCACAACAGAAGACUCAGAAGACUCCGACAGUGAAGACCCAAACUGGCAGUUGUCUGCCCUUUUUGCCACCAAUGGGCAGGUUGCGCAGAUUCAGGUUAACCUGGUCAGCAAUAUCCUCCAGCGACAUCAGAUUGCCCGGGCCCUGGGGUGGAAUGAUGCCGAGAUUGUCAACAUCCAUCAAGUUGGUGUAAGACCGAGGGACCUCGCUGAACAACGUGUGUAUGUCAGACUCAUCCAACACACGAGAGACCCACCAGCCCACUCCGACAUGAGACUGGUACUCCUGGACGUCACUCUGCAUCCUCCAGCGCCAAGAAGGGAUGCCCAGUACUUCAGGGUUGCUUGCAACAUCAUGGAACAGAUUACCAUCCAGCAACUCCUGACAGUGCUGAGAUUGAGAAACUUCUGCACCUACACACGCCUCCCAUGCCUUGCAUGGAGAAACGAAGUGUACUGGAGCCUUCACUCGGAGGAAGUUGUCACUUUGGCUUCAGGGGAUUACUUGCGUUUGGAGAUUGCACCUCCCAAUGAUGAACAAGGGUGCUGUGACACGCGAUGUCUCAUUACGAUGAUCGAGGAAGGAUACGACCCACAACAUGGACAAAUCUAUCAAACCAUUGUGGAUGAAAUCUAUUGGUGGAGGAUUCCAAGUAGUUUCUUGCGCAUCCACCGACAACUUGGAAAUGAUGAGACAGCCAUGCUCCAAAAGCCACCAACAAACCUUCCCCCGAAUGGAGAAAGAAGCCACCCUGGACAGCAUGCCAACGCGCGAGGGGUGAGACAUCUUGCUACUGACCCCCAGAUAGUGAUCCAAGCAAGGGGCUACAGGGUGAUUGUAGGAGACUUCAACGCACUCACCAGUGAUCUUCCACAAUUUGCACUCUGGGAAAAAUAUGGAUUCCGCGAGCUCCAAGAAAUAGUAGCCACACGAUGGAAUCAACCCAUUGCCAAUACCUGCAAGGGCAACUCAGUAAAAGACCAUGUGUGGGUCUCGCCUGAGCUUGCAGAGAAACUGCUCGAGGUUCACACUUGUGAUUCCUACUUCCCAGACCACGCCAUUGUCUAUGGGAAGUUUGCUGACUUUACCCCGCCAAUCCCAGUGAGCAUAUGGUACAAGCCGCAUCCCAUCCCAUGGGAGACCAUCCCAGGUGAUCAUAGCUGGCCUGAGAGCGUUCCAGUUGGGAAGACAGUACCUGAAGUUUUCCAAAUCCUUGAAGAGGAAGUGGACCGGGCACUUCGUUCCCAUACCAAGCAUGGACUGCUUCAGUGUCAACGAGGCAGAUGCACAGUCACCGCACCAAAGAAAGCAAGUACAGGCAUCACACCGCCGAAGGCAUCACGCAAGAGUGAAUACCAAAUCCAAUACAUGGGUGAGAGCUACCAACACACCUUAUGGACUAGGCAGCUCCGACGCUUGCAGAGCUACGCCAAACUAGUCGCAAAGGAGUGCAAAAAGUCCUUCAUCCUACCUGGAGCCCCGGUGCACCUGCCCAAACAACCCCCAGAGCAUGCAGUGGGCCUUGCCAUCUUCAAUGCCUUCAAGUUAGAAUUCCAGGCCCUGGAAAAAGCCCUCAAUGCAAAACGCACUCAGGCAGCCAAAGCCCGGCGACUGGAUGACCCCAAUGUCAUCUAUGCAGACGUUGGUAAAGGACGUGCCCUACCGGUCCAGUCGGUAGUGACCCAAACUCAUGCCGAAGUAGUUGAAGUGAGUGAGGAUGGAAGGACUCUGCGAUAUCACCCAUCUCACUUUGACACAAGCCAAGAAGUCUGUUGUGCCAAUGUGUGGCUGCGUAUCCAACAGCACAUCCCGGGAUGCAUCACCCUUGAAUCAGAACACUCCAUUGAGGUUGGUGAUACCCUUCAUCAAGACAAAAUGAAGGGAACACCGCAUGAAGUCUUCAAGGCCUUCGAAGACCUGUGGAACCCCAUGUGGAACAGACAUGCAGAUGACCCACCGGAAAGAUGGGACGGAUUUGUCAAUCAGUUGUUGGACGCCCCCGUGGUCAAUACACCAAUGAUCCAGCCAGCCAUCACAAAGGAAACUUGGAUAGCAGCAGUACAACAGAAGAAGGCCAGAACUUCUACAGGGCCUGAUGGGGUCAGCCGCACUGACCUCUUACGCAUGCCACCCAUGCUGACUGAGCAGUUGGUCCAACAUUUCCAAGCCUGCGAACAGGGAGUCCAGCCCUGGCCACAAGAAACAUUGGUUGGACACAUCACAGCAGUGGAGAAAAAGGAAGGAGCCUCAAGCCCAGCCGAUUUCCGCCCGAUCACGGUGCUCACGCUCCCCUACCGUACUUGGGCAUCCAUGAGAGCAAAGGAAUGCCUCAGAUUCCUGGACAAAUGGGCAGACGAAGGUUUAAGAGGUAACAGACCAGAGCAGAGCACUUCAACAAUCUGGUGGCAGAUUUCCCAGGAGAUUGAAGCUUCAGUUUUUGCAGGGGCCACGCUCUCGGGGUUUGUCACAGAUGUUUGCAAGUGUUUUAACACUCUCCCAAGGCCAGUUGUAUUUGCGUGUGCCCUCCAUUAUGGGCUGCCUAAGACCUUUGUCAAGUCCUGGCAUGAUGCAGUCGCACGCAUUCAGAGACACUUCAUCGUUGGAGGUACGUGCUCUGGACCCAAUUUGGCAUGCACCGGAUACCCUGAGGGUGACCCACUGAGUGUCGUGGCAAUGGCCUUACUCAACAUGGCCAUGCACCACAUAGUUGCCAAGCAGGCAAUGCCCUCCUCCAUCAUCAGUUUUGUAGACAAUUGGGAGUGUAAAUCCACUGAUGUGCACGCCACAUGCCGUGCAUACGCCGCCAUGGAGUGUUUUGCCACCAUGGUCGACAUCCGACUUGACCAUAAGAAAACCCAUUUCUGGGCGGUCACGGCCGAUGACCGUAAGACCCUUGUGAGCCGCGGCCACCGUAUCAGCCACCACUGUGCUGACCUUGGAGGACACCUCAACUACACCAGACGCUUCACCAACUACACCAUCCGUAGUAGGAUUGCCAAGGCCAAAGUCUUUUGGGGGACCUGGUGGGGUUUUCCUGUCGAGGUUGCACCAGCUCAACUGGAGGAGUUUGAAGGUCUUAACAGAGUUGAUCUGCCCACCACCAGAUCGACGUCCAAAAACUUCUCCCCUGACGGAGCUGGCCUCCUCCGUACCAGCAUGAACGGCACCUUUUAUACCCGCAAUAAGCAGAUACAUGCAGGCAAGGUGCCAAGCAAGGAUUGCCCAUUUUGCCAAGCAGAAGACUCUGUCGAGCACCGUAUUUGGGAGUGCCAAGGGUUCGCAGACCUCCGGGCGAACACGCCACCGGAAGCACUGGCCACAAUCCAAAGCAUGCCUCCUUGUACCAAGCUCCAUGGAUGGUUUGUGGAGGACGAAAGUGACCGAGAUUUUCGGGCCGCCUUGAAUGAGAUCCCAGAUACAACUGGACAAUUUUUCCUUGCAAAGCCUGCACAAGAGCAUCUCCAUUUGUUCGUAGAUGGAUCCUGCACGGAACCGCGGCGACCGUCCAUGCGGGUUGCCACAUGGGGCGUUUCUCUGGCAAGCCUGCCAGACUUUGCCUUCCAGCCGGUAGCAUCCGGCGGUGUGGUUGGUCUGUACCAAACAGUGCUGCGGGGUGAGAUCACUGCAGCCAUUGCAGCAUGCCGUUUUGGACUUUCCGCUAAGGUGCCCUUCAGUAUAUGGACGGACAACUCCCUUGUCCACAAGAGACUGAGGUAUUUCCUCAGGCAUGAUGUAAAACCCCCUAAGGCCAAACACAAUGACCACGAUUUGUGGAAUGAGCUCUUCCGCCUUGCUCACAAGGCCAAAACAAGUAGCCUCAUCCAACAUGUGGUGAAAGUCACCUCACACCAGACGCAAGAUUUUUCAGAAACGAUCGAGGAUUGGGCCUGUCGAGGAAAUGACCAUGCAGACCGAAUUGCGGGUAUGGCCUUGUACCAGUCGCCAACCAGGUUGCAAUGGUGUCGAGCACGCCUUAUAUCCUCCAUGGACAAGCGACAGUCUGCAUGCCAGCACUUCCACCAGAGGCUGGUCAAUUUUGGGCUUCGAUGUGUUGAAAGCAAGGUUGAAGUGGCAAAAGAUGAUGAGAAGAGAUGGGAAACCACCCAAAAGAAACAGGACGAAGAGAUGUUUGACAUCAGUCUCCUAGGGUUUGAGAGUGCCGUGCAACCAUCUCCGUGCGUUAGAUUUGGGGAUUCCAUCGAUUUGCUGCACAACUGGCUUCGAAAACUUCUCACAGCCGAGGACGCGAUUCCUAUGUGGCUCUGCUCGUAUCAGCUCCUUGCCCACUACCAAGGUACGACCAAGCGCAUUGGGUUUUGGUAUGAUGCAACUGCGAAAAAAUGGGGCGUAGCAGACGAGGUGAUCCAUACUCAGCAAUAUGAUUACCUCCGCCUUGCUGCCUGGCUACAGGCUUUGAUCAAGGACUACGCCUCUGUGCUGGAAUUGCCCGUAAAGGCUACGCCUAAGUUACCGUGGGGCUCGACCUUCAAGGCUUACCAACGUUGCCUCUACAUCAAGGCGUCCCCAAGUGAGAUGACACGCAUCGAUGCUGCAUUCCGAAGGGCCGGCUUCGUGAACAUCAAGAGAGUCAGACCAGCGCUCACAAAGCUGGACGACAUGCAGCCAGCACCGGCUGCGGGAGACGACGAAGCGGCCUUGACUCAAGUUCCAUACAAUGACGAAGGAGAACGCGCCUCGUUGGGCAGCAGACUUCACCCGGAUUCCUGCAAUCCGUGCAUCUUUUGGUUCAAGGACAAGGCAUUGUGCAACAAGGGCGUGAUGUGCGACUUCUGCCACUUCAGACACCCAGGACAAAAGAAUAAGAGGAUUCGACCCUCCAAGAACACACGCUUGCAGAUGCGAGCGGCGCAGGCCGCUCGGGCAGUGGCGUGA